AGCUAGCUAGCUUUCUUGCUGCCUCGAAUAUGUUCACACAUAACUAGCUUUCUAACGAAGUCAUAAACUGAUUAGUAAACACCACUAUUGCCUCUGUACUAACGACGAGAUAAGACCACCAAAAUGUCCACCACCAGAGCAAAACUGAAGAAACCCACUCUGAAAGUCACACCAUCUUCCCGGGUAAUGAAUGUCUCAACAUCAGGCAUACUCCGGGUCAACCACAGCACAACAUAUGCUCGUAGUAUCAAUGCCUCAGUGAGCCGGAAAAGUUUCAGUUUGGCUGCAGACAGCAAAAUCUUUGAUAAAAGCUCUGUUCCAACACCAAAACACACAGUUCAGGUAUUUGAUGAAAAUGGCAAGGACGUCACCCCACAGCCUCUCUACCAUCCAGACCCUGCAGCCGUGACGUCUAAACACAGUAAGAUCUUUGCCAGUGACACCUCUGGUGGCACCAUGUCAGACUUCUACUCUACCGCAUACCAGACAACAACCAACGCUAGCUUCGCUGGGCCCUUUACCAGGUCAGUGUUUGGAAGCAGCACAGUGUCCAGAGGGAGCCAGUCCACGAUGGAGUCGAUGAAUGAAGAGAUUGAGGACCCAUCCUCCAAAAGGGACAUCUCCAUCAGUCUCUCAGAUGUCCAGGUGAGAAGGGAAGAGGUGAAGGAGUUGAUAAAGGAGGAGAUGUUGGAUGACAUGGUGGACCGGUACCUCAUCGAGUCAGAGACCCUCUGGCUACUGGACAUGCCGGCCAUCUCUGUGUCUGUGGACUCUGAGGAAGCUGAAUCUGUCAAAGAGAGAAACAAUCUGUACGUGGAGCUGUGUAAGAACAGAAUGGGGAAUGAUAAGUAUGUGGAGCGUUCCAUGCAGACGUUCAACGGAGCGCCCAAGACCAAGGAGGUCCAGAGUGAGGCCAUCACCAUGGUGGAUGCAGCCACCACAGCCACCAGCUGGGAUAUGUAUGACUCAUUCUGCAGCGCAGGGCUGGGGGAGGCUGCCUUGUCCCCAGACACAGACAAGGCCAGUGUCCCUGAGAUUGUCUCCAACCACAGGCUGGACCCCACCAGAGCCCCCGAGAGAACCAUGUCUGUCAUCAGCACCACUAGCAUAGCGAGUGCCUCUAGCUCGCGGAUCGAGAUGGAGCUUUUCCUGGUCCCGUCUGAAGAUGAACCGGACCCGGAACUGAUUCUGCAGUCAGAGAAGUUCCAGCAGGAUCUGUUUGUGAUGGAGAGGAUCAUUCUGGAGAACAUCUACCAGCCGAAGCUGGCUGCAUACAGACAGCUCCCCACAUUGGAAGAUCCUGACAGUGUGCCCAAGGUUGUGCCCACGGUGGGGAGCAGGAGAGAGGAGAGUUCCCUGGAUGAGGAGAGCACUCUGACCCCGGCCCUGGAGCGCCUCUGGUCCUUCAGCUGUGAGCUGACUUCAGGACACAACGUCAGCAGUAUGGCCUGGAACAAGAGGAACCCAGACCUUCUUGCAGUGGGGUAUGGGCAGUUUGAAUUCAAAGACCAGAAAUCAGGCCUGAUCUGCUGCUGGUCUCUGAAAAACCCCACGUGGCCUGAGAGGAUCUUUACCUGUGAGAGUGGAGUGACUACUUUGGACUUUUCGUCUGGCAACGCCAGCCAGCUAGCAGUCGGAAUGCAUGAUGGCAGCAUAGCCACCUACAACGUCGAGAGCAGAGAGAAGACACCCGUCAUUGACAGCAGUGACUGUGCCCACAAGCACACAAGCCCUGUGUGGCAGGUAAGGUGGAUCGACCAUGAGAGGGGUGCCUCAGGAGAGGACAAGGGAGAGACACUCAUCUCUGUGUCUGCAGACGGCAGGAUCAGCAAGUGGUUCCUGCGGAAAAGCCUCGACUGCAUAGACUUGAUGAAGCUGAAGAGGACGAGGAAUGAGAAAGCCAAGAAGCAGGCUCGAGACAAAGAGAGGAAGAGCGAGGCGCUGAUAUCACGGCAGGCGCCGGGGCUCUGUUUUGACUUCCAUCCCAUGGACUCCAACAUCUACCUUGCUGGUACAGAGGAGGGCCACAUCCACAAGUGUUCCUGUUCCUACAACGAGCAGUUCCUGGAGACCUACAUAGCACACAAAGGCCCUCUGUACCGGAUCACAUGGUCUCCGUUCUGCUCGGACGUCUUCCUGAGCUGCUCCUCUGAUUGGACGAUCCAGCUGUGGCGGCAGGACCUGUUCACGCCCGUGCUGGGCUUCACCUCCACCCAGAGUGCCGUCUAUGACGUCAUGUGGUCCCCCAAGUGGGCCACCGUGUUCGGGGCCGUCAACGAGGGACGCGUGGAGAUCUGGGACCUGGGAGCCAGCAUCCUGGAGCCCACCAUAGUGAGCCUGGCCAGUCCUGGGGUGAAGCUGACCUCCCUGCUGUUUGCUACUGAGACAGACUGUAUCCUAGUGGGGGACAGUGACGGGCAGGUCAGCGUCUACCAACUCAAGAACCUCACCGUAGGAGAGGGAACACAGGUGGACGCGUUAGAGGACAUCAUCGGCUCCACCCUGGCCAGUCAGCUGUGAGUGGGACAGACCCAGCCAUGGGAGGAGGGUAGAGGGACACACUGGGACUAUGUAUCCCUUAAAGCUUGCCUCAUCCACAACGUCAUCAUCGGCUGUAUGUCGCCAUAAUGUUUGGUCCCCAGGGACUGCAUCUUUGUCUGCUUUGGUUUUAUAUUGAGAAAGAAAACAUGAUCAUUUAUCAUUACCAUAAAACAUAACAUGUCUCUGCUUGUGCACUCACUGUCUCUCAAAGUUUUAAUGUUCAUCUGGCCCAAUGCCCAGUUUCAGUCUUCAAUAAUGGCGCAACACUGAAAUACCUGGAAUUGACGUCAUCCAUUUCAAAGGAAGUUCUUCCUGAUUCUAUGAAGCUGCUGAUCUUGUUGACCCAGUCAUAAAGAAAGGUGUCUGAGCUUGUUCUGAUGAAAAGCAAUGGAGGAUCUCUGAGUGACUGACACACACACACACAUAUGGAUACUUUUUUCAGAAAGCUGAAAUACCAUGCAUCUAUUUUUCAUCUUCCCACACCUGCAUCUUUGGCUGUCCUGCCCUCAUCACCACAGCAACGUCCCUGUUUUGUAUGAUAGUCAUUGUGUGUGUACUGUAUGGAGAGCACUGUGUUUUCAAGCAUGCUGUUACUCUGCAGUGCUGUGUGUGUAUGAGUGUGUAUUAAGAGUGUAGUCUGUCUGAAGAGCAUCUGUGGCAUCGAGAUCCAGACACACACACACACACCCCACUCAGCUAAUGGCUGUCAUUAUGUAGUUAAAGGCUUUGCCUGACAUUUGAAAGUAGGUGUUAACUGUCAUUGUUAUGUGGGUAAAAAGGCUCAAAUGGACUGGAGUCUAAUGCUUCAGGAGCAAAUGGGCAGAAAAACAUAACCUGGUGAAGUGGACAUCUGACAGGAGUCACAUGACAGUAGUAAACAGAUCAUAUAUACCAUUAUGACUGCUAUCUCUCUGAGUCUAUCUGUUCUCUCUACCCUUGUUUCCCAUUCAGUGGUCUUCAUCAAAGCAGAAUACUGGAACUUUUAUUCUAAUUAAUCUU